AUGAACUAAAAAGGAUCUAACCCAUCAAACUCAAAUAGAGGUUUAGCAGUAGGACCCACAGCAAAAGGACUAAAUGGAGGGCCAUCAAGAAGAACCGGAGGACUUGGAACUACGACAAAAUAAAGAGGCACAAGAGGAGGAACAACAAGUAAUGCAAAGACUGAUUUCAACAUUGAAUAUACAGAAUGGAAUGGAGAAAGAAUUAUGAUUAAACCUAAGGCUUUGAUGAAGACAAGUUCGCAUAAUUAGGAGGGAAAAUUAGACAACUCAUAAAUUCCAGGUGGAACUAGCAAGGACCCUGCAGCAACAGGAGGAAAAACUGAAGGUGCUGCAGCUAACACCUAAAAUAAAGACUAAACUUCAUUAUCAAUGCAAUCUAAUUUGACAUCAUCUCUUAUGGAUACAACUGAAGAUGAAGAGGCAAAGAGAAAAGAAGAGGAGAAAUUAGCCAAGAAAUAAAAGCGUGGUCUAAGUGAAAAAGAAAUAGAAGCAAAUAUUGAUAUAGAUCUUGGUGAAACUGAAACAUUUGAAUUGCUUUUCAUUCCUUCUUCAUCAGUAUAAAAUGAUACUGAUGAAUAAACUAUUGUGACUGCUGAAAAUAAAAAAUAUGAGGAAUUAAAGACUAAUAAAAUAGGAAGUGAUUCUUAUACCGAAAGGGGAUCUUAAACUUUGAAUUUGACCUAAAAGCCUAAAGAAAUACACUUCAAGGGUUUUACUCAUGAAAGCAAAGAUAUACAGGCCACUAAUUGGGAUAUUGAUGAUGCCUCUAAAUAAUAAAGAUUGAGUGAGGCUAAGAAAUAAUAGAUUGAUUAUGCAGGCAGUAUAACUGGAAUUAUGACUGAAAAACUUAAAAAUCCAAACUGCUUAAUUGAUGCUGAAGCAGCAUCUCAUAUUUCUAUUGUCACUACUAAAUCAGAUUAGAAAAAGCCAGCUAACUAAUCAGGUACAAAUUCAUCUAACUCAAAUAAAAAUAAGAAUGCAACAUCAUCAUAACUCAAAGAAUCUACAAAUAAAUCUUAAACAAGCGAUAAAAUGAGCGGGACAUCAAUGAGUUAAACUUAAACAAAUGCUAUUACUAGCGAAACUUAUGCUGGCGAUUUUAAUGCAGUUCCCAAAAAUGUUGAGUAUGUAGAAACAGACUUACCAGAAACAAUGAUAAAGGCAAUCAAGAUUAUUGAAAGAUUACUGACUCAAUCUAAAUAUCACGAAUAGCAUGUACUUUACAAGAAUUAUCCACCUGUAAAUUUAGGUGAUAAACAUAGAAAAGCUUAUGAAGAUGAUGAGGAAGAAAAUGGAGGUAAAAAGCCAUUAUUCCCUGGAAUUAAAAAGGAGAAGAAGGUUGAGGAUGAAAAGAAGGAAGAUGAAUUAGAUUAAGAAAAAGAGAAGGAAGAUGAGAAUGCUGUAACUUUGAAGCAUUUAUUUAAGUUUGAAUUUGACAUCACUGAAGGAAGAUAAGUAUCAUGUAUCGAUGUAAAUGAGGCAAAUCCAGACUUGAUUGCUGUUGGGUAUGGUGAGUUUGACAUUGAUUGCACAAAAUAACUUAAGGAGGGUCUAUUGUGCUUCUGGACACUAAAAAAUCCAAAUUUUCCUGAGAAAAUUAUUAAAACUGAGCAUUCAAUUACUACGUGCCAAUUUUCAAAGAAAUCUCCUCAUUUAAUAGCUAUUGGAGAUUCUCAUGGAAAUAUUGCAAUUUUUAACAUUAAAAAUGCAGAUUCCAAACCCAUAGCAGAGAGUAAGGAUCUUGAGGGCAAGCAUACUGACAUUGUUUGGGAAGUUAAAUGGGUUGAAAGAGAUGGAAAAGGAGAAUCUUUAGUUUCUAUCUCAGGAGAUGGUAGAGUUAUUGAGUGGUCUAUGAAAAAAGGACUUGAAUUCACUGAGCUUAUGUAGCUUAAAAGAGAAACUAAUCCAAACUAAAAGGAUGUAUUUGGAGGAGUAGAAGGUGAUAAAAAGGGAGGAAUGACUUUUAUUAAUACUGGAGGUUUGAGUAUUGAUUUUCCUAUUAAUGAAAAUGGUAUGAAUUACUUUGCUGCAACUGAAGAUUGUACUAUUCAUAGAUGCUCAGUAUCAUACUCAGAAUAAUACCUUGGGACAUAUUAUGGACACACAGGACCAAUUUAUAGGAUCAGAUGUAAUCCAUUUUGGGAUAGUUAAGAAUGCCCAAUUUUUAUUACAUGCUCAUAUGAUUGGACUGUAAGAGUCUGGAACGCAAAAGAUGACAAUGGUGAAAAGCUAGUUUGCCAUGAAAUCUUCUCUCUUAAACAAUAAGUAAAUGAUGUUGUUUGGUCUCCACACACCUCAUCUGUAUUUGCAUCAGUAGCCAAUGAUGGAAGAAUUGAAAUAUGGGACCUUUAUAGAGAUAAUCUAGGCCCUUAAAUAACAUAUUUUGACAAAAAUUCUGACGGAGAAGUUAUCAAUAUUCCUAAGACAGUAGUAAGAUUUAGUGAUAAUGCUCCUGUUGUCUUGACUGGUAACUUAAAAGGCUCUGUUGACGUCUAUCGUGUUAAUGGGCUUGAGCAUGUUUAGGUUUCUGAGAAAGAUCAAAUCAAUAGACUUCUGUCUGCUAUUCAGAAAGAUGAUUACUCCGAAUAAAAAGGAAAGAAAAAAGAUGAAGAUGGAGAGGGCUAAGAAGGUGAGGCUUAAUGA